UACCAAUAAGUCAUCAUCCACAACUCCAUCCUGAGAAAAUCAAUCUCUCUCUGCACCAAAUAAAACUAACUUUGAUGGCAGAUCACUUCAGGCAGCUAUUCCCUCUACUCAACGUGGAUCCAAGCAUGGAAGUUGGGCAAUUCCCAGAGCUUAUAAACCCGAAUUUCGGAGAGAUUUCGGGCCCGAAUUUCCAGACCUUAAUGGGAUUCUCCCAGCAGGACCAGUUUCUGAGUCCUGCUGCAGAAUUUUCUGCACCCAAUUCCCUUCAUUAUGAAGCGAAAGCGGGCCACCGGGCCCCCGGGGCUUCGGCUUCGAUUCUACCUGUAAAUGAUGCCCUUGAGACCAAGAUGAAGCCUGCAGAUUACACCACCAUGGAAAGCUGCUCACCAAACUCUUCUUCACCUGCAGUUUCUGAGAUUGGGACUAGGAGAAAACAUAGUGUAGGAAGAGGGAAGAGAAAGAAAAGCAGUGAAGAUGAAGAAACAAAACCAAUGGAAGUUGUGCAUGUAAGAGCCAGAAGAGGGCAGGCCACUGAUAGUCACAGUUUAGCAGAAAGGGUCAGGAGAGGGAAAAUCAAUGAAAGACUGAAGUGCUUGCAAGAUAUUGUACCAGGAUGCUAUAAGACAAUGGGCAUGGCUGUAAUGUUGGAUGAAAUAAUCAACUAUGUCCAAUCCUUGCAAAAUCAAGUUGAGUUUCUAUCAAUGAAGCUCACAGAGGCAAGCUCCUAUUAUGACUUCAACUCAGAAACAGAGAUUAUAGAAACAAUGCAGAGAGCAAAGGCAUAUGAGGAUAUGAAAAUGCAGAAGCAAGUGAAGGAUGGGUAUGAAGGGCUCUCAACUUCUAACCAACAUAAUAACCCUUUUGACCAGCAGAGUUUUGGGUGCUACCCUUAGCUUCAUUGCCACACAAUACCUCAUGAGGAUUAUCCCUUUUUUGUUUUUUUAUUUUAUUUUUAUUUUUAUUUUCCCUUUUCUUGGAAGCUCUGAUUUUAUCAGUCUAAAAAUUGUACACUUGCAAAUAAAUUCAAACAUACAAAGUGAUAAAAAUGACCAAUUAUUAGCAUAGUGCAUAAUCUCACUCUUUACUUUUUUUUUUUUUUUUUUUUCUUUUUCUCCCACUUCCUGUUGAGGGUACUUAGAUAUUGGAAAUGUUGAGAAAACUCAGUGUAACUUGCCAUGUAGUUUGGAUUAUUGAAUACAUAAAUUUUAUCCUUUCAUUCAA